AUGUCAAUGCAAGAUGCUUAUUUGAAGGAAAUAUAUCGUAUUCAUCAAGCCAUAUUGUCGCACAACGGAACUUGUAGUGAGGAAAAGAAAAUCACGUUGAUGAUAGAAAUAGUUGUAAAAACCCUUUACAACAUGCUGCAACACGAAAGCCCAAUAAUAUGUUCUGCCCUCAAAAAGCAUAAUCUCAUAGAUAUUGUUACAUAUUAUGCGAAGUCCACGAAUACUAAUUUGCAAGCCGUCCAAAUACAGACAAUCGGUGUUCCUUCUUUUAUUAUUUUUACAGGUUUGAGACUAUUGGCAUCUAGCGAUCAAAACAGACAGUUCAUAUGCCAGUCGGCUAUACUGCAAAGCAUUCAGUGCACUAUAAAAACACUGACAGGAAAAGUAUUAGAAGAAGUUAUACUUUUUCUAUUGAAAUUAACACUCAACUCUGGGACAAAAGACAGAAUAAGAAGAGACUUUGGGGUCAUAUUGAGGAAUUUAGACAUAUCUUUCAUAGCGGAAGAGUCUGAAACCUCAAACAACAUAAAGAAAGCACUUAAUAGCAUUCUAUGGCAGAUGAGUCAAGAUAAGAAUUCACUAGAUUAUGAAUCCAACUUAAAUUCUUCUACGCAACUUGAACAUUUAAUGAUAAGUUAUAGUCAUAAACAGAAAGAAAUUGCAAUAAAUCUUACAAAACAUUUAAAAGAAGAAGGAUAUAAGGUAUGGUUUGAUCAAGACAAUCUGAAAUAUGCUGCAAAUACAUUUAGAAGUAUGGCUGAAGCCAUAGAAAAAUCUUAUGCUGUAUGUAUUAUAUAUUCCGAAAAUUAUAAAAAUAGCGAAUAUGCUGAAAUGGAAGCAACAUAUGCAGUUUGUUUGAAAAAACCAAUUAUUUGUUUACGUGCACAACGUGACUACAAACCAAAGGGUUGGCUUGGUCUUAUAACUGCUAGAGAAAAUCGUAUCGACAUUUCUGGAAAGUAUCCAUUUGACGAGUAUUUUUCUACUUUAUUUGAUCACAAAUAUUUGUCGAUUUAA